AUGGCACGCAAUCGACAACACGACGCGGAUGCUUCGCAGCUAGCCGUCGCAGCCGCGGCGCAGCGAAAGACGAAUCUGCUGGUCUGGCUUAAACAACAGCUCAAUAAUAACCCUUUCCUGCCGCCGCAAACCAACCAGAUCCUGACGGUCACGGCCUCCGACGGCGUCGCGGUAUCCCCAGGACAAAUCCAGCAUUGCUACAGGACUGCCCAUCAAUACCGCCAGCUCCCGCGCUCUGAUCCAAGGCACAUCCAAUGGCGCAAAAAACUCGCGGCUGGGUUGACGGCUUUCUACCAGGCCCAGAACGGCAUACCCGCUCAGCUGUGGGACCUGCCUGAUGGCUACUCGCUCAUGGUGGAGAAGGAGUACAAUUACGGACGAUCCAUGGGAGCUGAACUCCUCUUUCUCUACGGUCACCCGCUCGGUAUCGACAAGCGUUUCGGCAGUACGGAGACGUUUCUCCCGCACCUCCGCUGGAUUGUGGCGGGUAUGUCGCCGGGAGCAUGUAUCUGCCGGAGCUGUACGCAGUACUACACGGGAGUGGAGCCGAAAUAG